AUGAAGCGCCACGCCUCCCGCUCCCCCCCCGACCCCCCGCGGCGCUCCACCCGCAUAAAACGAGUCCCCCCCGCCGGCCCCAUCUCCAUCGCCAUCCCCGCCCCCCCGCGCCCACCGCCCAUCCCCCGCCCCAUCAUCACCCACAUCCCCACCGCCAACACCUCCUCCACCCCCAACCCCACCGACCCAAACGCACCCCCCACCACCAACCCCCAAACAUACUACCUCCCCGCCACCGAAAAGUCCGACCUCUACACCUACUUCCGCGCCGACUACGCGCGCACGGGGUACCGCCCCACGCUCCCGCAGCUCGCCGCGUGGUUCGCAUACACGCACUCCGGCCGCCGCCUGCCGCUGCCUGUCAUUGCGGCGGUCGUCAACGGCGGCGGCGUCGUUGGGCGCAGCGCGAAGGUGGGGCAGAAUAUGGCGGCGAGGAUACGGGACUGGGCGUUGGCGAGGAAGGAGGUGACGGGCUGCGUGCCCGGGGUGGGGGAGUGUAUGUUGUGGAUGCAGAGGGUGGGGAUGGAGAUGAGGGGGGAUGUGGAUGUGGGGGAGGUGCUUGGGGGGGUGGUGGAUGAGGAGGAGGAGGAUGAAGAGGAGGAGGAGGGGGGCGGGGGCGGGGAGGGGUGGGUGGUGUUGGAUGGGUUGGUGGUUGAUGGGGGUGUGGGGGAGAGGAGGGGGCAGAGGAGGAAACCUUGGGAGAGUGUUGAGGCGCAGGAGGAGGUGUGUGAAGAGGUCGAGUGGAAGAGCUGCUUGUCGCAGCCUGCGGCCAAGUGUGCGAGGCAUGAAGCCAAUAUGAAGGCGCAAGGGCUGGAGAAUACGACGGGUACCACGGGAGGGUGGAGAGACAGUGAGAGAGGGGAGAGCUGGGACGCGAACGAGGACACCACUGACGAGAGUGAGGAAAGCAGGGACGAGAGUGAUAGUGAAGAGAGCUCUUCAGAGAGCGAACAGAUCCGUUCCUCACGAAGGAACACACGCUUCUCUAGCAAGCAGACUGCCGCCCUCAGCAAGAGCUCCAGUCCCUCCACCAGGUGCCGUACAUCUAGCACCCCCAGGAGAACCACCAUAAGCAGAUCCAUCACCGCUUCCAGCCCUCUCAGAAGAAGCUCCAGAAGCGCAUCCAAGACAACCUCAAGCCCUCUGAGAAGAACUACCAGAAGCAGAUCCAACACCGCUUCCAACCCACCUACCAAACCAACCAGAGGCAAACCUUGUCCCAAACCAAAAUCCGAACCUACCCCUUCCACCAGAUCCACGACCUCGAUAUCCCACACCCCCUCACUCAAGCCUAGCGCCAAACCCGGCCCCAAACCGAAACCAAAGCCUCCGCCCUCCAAUACCAGGUCCACAAAAUCCAAAUCCCUAGAACCAACAGGAAGGUAUACCCUCCGCAGCGGACGCUCGGAGACGUUCGUCAGUAAAUCGGACGACGAGAGCGGGGAUGAGAACUCAGAACAUGAUGCCGAUGAUGAAGAUGAAGAUGAGAGUGAGGGUGAGGAGAGUGAGGAGGAGAGUAAGGAGAGUGAGCUGGAGAGUGAUGGUUCGAUGGAGGAGACCAUUGUCUGUGCUCCGCCUCCUUCUUUGGUCCCUGGGCUAAGAAAAGAGGAUUUGGCAAGUGAGGAUGAUGAGUCUGAGGAUGAAGAAGACAGGUCGGAGGAUGAAGAAGACAGUUCUGCGAAUAAAGAAGGCACCUCUGAAGAUGAAUCUGAAGAACCAGAAGUACCUACAGCCGAACUUCCCUCCAUUCCCGCGCGGGAGGAAAUACACGAUAACGACGAGGAUAAUUACAUGGACGAGCUAUCCAGCCCUCUCUUUGAGGCUUCGCAUUCGCAGGAACAGCCUUACGUUUCCACACCUGAUGUGGUUUUGAAUAAGCCAGGCGAAGCCGAGGAGGUUGUGAAGGCUGUAUCGAGUCCGCCUUCCGAGCCUACGCUUUCGGGGGAACGCUCCUAUGUUGAUGAGCCUGAAGAUCAUAGCAAUACUCUCGAAACUUUCGAAACUGUCGCAGCUGGAUAUAAUCCUCUUUUGGAGAGUGAUAUGGAGGCAGAGAGCUCUAGUGGUGCCGCAGUGCCUACCUCUACCAGCAAGCCAAUUCAGGAGGUAGAUGGUGGAGAGCACGCAGUAGAGACCACCGCGCGAGAGCUACUCUCCCCCGAUGUGCAGCCGUUCAUCGCAGAAACCCGGUACACCUCUCCGGCGCUGGAUGAGGAGGGUGAUACUACUAUCACAGGCUCCCAGCCUGCGCCCACCUCCGUAGGACGGGAUGGCGAAAAUUACAGGAUCGUCCUGGACUCUGAGGCCGACACUUCGGAUAUUGAUAUGGUCAUGGAUCUCGACAGAGACUCUAAUGACGACCCUCCUACAGCUCCUGAAUCCGUAUCAGUUUCUGAGCCCACAACUCGCUCUGCGUCCCACCACCGAACCCCCACCACACCAAUGGACUUUGUCUCCUCCCUCGACACUCUCACAGCCCCCUCCCUGCCACCGCACAGGAUCGUACAAGACCUCAACCGCCGCGCCGACAUGCUACACCAACGCCCCUCCUCCUCUGCUGUAGACAUGCCAAAGAUGCCCGUGUACCAAAUGCUCCGGCAGCGGCAGCAGCCGUAUGAGGAGGCCCAACAGAGGGACACACUGGAGAGACGGCGGCAGAAGGAAAGGGUGAGCGAGGAGGCGAGGGCGAUGCUUGAGGAGUAUAGAGAGCUGUGUGGGCGGGUGCCGGAAGAUGAGGGGGGUAUUAUGACUACGGAUAAACAAGUUCCACAGCUCGAGGCGGUGGCUGGUAGAGAUGUCAUCGAUUUGCAGUCUGGGCCUAGAGAGCUCGUGAUCCCCAGCAGCAGCAAUAUACAGCAAGCCCCCGUCACCGCCGGAACAGCUGCAGCACUGCAGACAGAAAACACACAUCUCACACCCCACACCCCCCGCGCCGUACAAGAGCAGACCAGUCUCCAACCAGCCACCAACACCGAAGAUGACGAAUCCCAGGAUCAAACACCAUUCCGAAACUACGACGAUGAAGACGAAUGGAGCAGCCUCGGCGACACCACAGUCUCAGAGGGCGGGUGGUCCGUUUCUGACAACUCUCGUUUUGCUCCCAUAAUUUACGACACCACUACUACAGAAACCAAGCACUCCAGACUAAGCCAAGCCCACACUACCACCGCCGCCGACGACGACAACGAUGACGAUACCGAUACCGACUGGGACAUGCACGGCGACACCACCGUCUCCGAGGGCGGCUGGUCUGCCGCUGCACCUCCAGAGGAGGAGGCUACGGUGGUUGUGAGGCGCUGCCACGGCAGGGUUGUUAUUGCCGCAGGCGAUGGGGUCGCGGUGGAGGAAGGUAUUGUGGAGGAUCUGGAGGCGGAGAUCGCGAGUGGGUUGUAUGAGUAUCGUGAGGGUAGUGAUGAUACAGAGAUACCUGAGCGGGAGCAACAUGCGGUCACAGAGGAUAAUCGCAUGGUUGUUUAUGCACGCCAUACCAACGAUCUCGACGGCAACGGCGGUGUGGACAGGGAAAAUAGUGAAACGGUCUCAAAAGGUAGCCGUGCUACGGCUGGUGAUGGUGAAGAGGAGCAGCAUGAAGAAGACGAGUUGUUCUUCAGUUAUGGUCCGCGUGCGGGGGAUGACGGGGAGGAGGGGGAUUGUGAUGCUGUUCUAACGGAUGCUGGUGAGUGUGUGGUUCGGAGACGGGGUGGCAGGGUGGAAAUCACUGCGGGUGGAGACAUCCCCGUAGACGCUGGAAAUGAUGGCAACAGUGUUAGUGCGGAGGUGAUGGAGCUCUUCGAGACGGGAAAUCAGAUGCCGGCGCUGGUGGGGAUGGAGAAUUAUCUUUCGGCGGAUGAGGUUACGAGUGAGGAGGAGGAUGUGCUUGGGGUUUGUGUUGCGGGGGAGAGAGAAAGUUCGGGCGUUAAAAUUCCGAUUCAAAAAUCGGACACAAGCGUCAAGCCCGCUGAAGAUAUUUCGAACGAAAAUAACGACGAUACCACUGCCACAGGAGCACAUCAUACAGUGCACGAACUUGUCGAUACCAUAUCAGAGGACGAGAGAUCCAUCAUUAUCGACCUGAGCGACUACAUGCGCCCUUCACAGGAGGCGGAAGCCCUCUCGCCAGCCUUGUCCGGCAUCGAUCUCAACGCCGCAGAGGAGGACGUGGACGACACGAUCACUGUCCCUCUAACUCAAGAGGGUGAGGAUGCGGCUCGAAGAAGACCUCAGGGUUUCGAAAGCUCGAUCCAUGCCGAUGUGCAGAGGUAUCUUGAGACUUUUGACCCUACGGUGUCGUUGGAUUUGGAGAGGGGUGGGUUGGGGCUGUCUGUGGGUGAGGGUGCUGUACCGGAUGGGAGUGGAGUUGACACUGCUGAAAGCCCCGACGAAGACGAGGAAGAAGAGGAGGAGGGCGAGAUUCCACAGAGGCCUAGGGGCAGAAAGCGGAAACGGGUCGUCCUGAGCUCCAGCGACUCCGAAAACAGCGACUCCCUCAACCCACCCAGAAAAGCCAACGCCGCCUUCGCUCCCGAGUCUAACUCCGAGGCCACCUCCCUCCCAAACCUCACCUGGAACCGCACCACCAACCGCCCCCACAACCCCUUCCAAUCCCGCACCACAAACACAAACACCCUCCGGUACCUCCGCCGCUCGCUGCCCGCCUCCGUCCUCCCACGCCCACGCACGCCCACCACGGCAUCAAUAACACACGCCGCAACGCUCCUCGCCUUCUCGCCGCUGCACACCGACUUCCGCGACACGCCGCCACCGCCGAGCGCCUGUACGGUCGUCACGGAGGAGGUGAUAAGGGAGCAGACGCCGGUGCCGGAUGUCGUUGCCAGUGUGGGGCGCUGCACGAGUGAUGGGAGGUACUCGAAUGGGACGAGCCCGAAGCUCAGGAGGACGCCGGCGUAUGGGAGGAGCCCGCCGGCGGAUACAGGGGUGGGGUUGGAUCGGAGGUUGUGGGCGUGGUAUGAGAGUGUGGUGGGCGCGGGGGCAGGGACAGGGGAGAGGGGGGUGACGCAGAGGGCGUUGGAGGGGAAGGUGGCGGAGUUGGUGGGGGGAAGGCUUUUGCCGGAGGGGUGGCUGGCGGAUUGGAAGGAGCGCUGUGGGGUGACAGCUGCGGUGGGGGUGAAGGGGUGUUUACCGGAGGAUCCCAUCUGUUUGGAUGACGAUGAGGACGAGUAA